GGAGAGGGAGGAAGAAAGAGGAAAAAGGAGAGAAAACCCGUUUGUUGACUUUGCCGUUGUCAACAGUUUAGCAGAAAGAAAACGGGAGUGUCGAAAGGUGUAUCCAAGAACGCUGGAUCCGCAGUCUUGGCUGGCCGCCGGGAUUGCUGAUUGCUGUUACGCUGUUGCUGUAGCGUACCCGGCGAGGAGCCGAGCCGGCAAGACCCAAGAGCUUGAGAGGGAUUCCGUGUCCGUACACGUCAAGCAGUGCCAGUGGUUGGACUUGAACCAUGGACCAUGUCAUCGUGAUUCGCGACUACAGGCCGGGCGACGAGCUGCAGUGCCAGGAAAUCCUCCGGGAGGGCACCAUGUCGACCGUCAACACGGCCUUCCUGGCGGGGCUCACCAGGGAGAUCACCUUCCAGGCCAUGGUCGUCACAUCAGCUGUCAUGUUCAUCUUCAUGGGUGUCCCUCUGAGUGUAUGCCUAGGCUCAAUACCGGUUGUCAUUGUGGCCAUGUAUGUCAUCAUCUACCUCGGCCACACAUUCAAGGCACAGGAAAUGAUGCAGGAUAUCUCAAACAUUCCCCGUUUCUACAUGUCAUCGGACUACACAGGGUUUUGGGUGGCCGAAGCCUGUGAGCCAAUGUUCAUGUCUCAGGAGCCAAAACAUGCUAAAUACUUAGUAAUGACUGAGAGUGAAAUGCAACGUCAAUGCGUUCAGCUUGCCUCACACCUCAGAAAAAAGGUUAUUGGUACUAUUGCAGCAACGAGAAGCAAGAAUGAAGAGAAUACAGCAUGGCUGAGGCGUAUGGCUGUUCAUCCACUUUAUCAGCGCAAAGGAAUUGGUUCGAAACUUGUCGAUGAAGUUACAAAGUUUGCUGCAGGAAAGGGAUACUCUGCAGUGGAACUUGUUACUUCAGAAUGUCACAAUGGAGCGCGAGAGUUGUAUCUCAACAAAGGGUUUGAAUUGAAGCAAAUGUAUCAUCGACAUGUCUUUGGUUCUCUUGUCUCCAUACUUGUGUAUGAACUCUCACUGAGUCUGAAGAAGAGACUUCCUAUAAAUAUGUAAUCGCAAUACGUCAAUUCAUUAAGACAAAGAAACAGUCAAAAAAGAUAUGUUUCACUAUUUUUUUAUAUUGUUCUGAACCAUUUUUUAAAUGUCCCUUGUUGUAUCCAAAUGUUUAAUAUUUUAUAAAAAUGAAAUUAUUUUUGA